AAGUAGAGCAAUUAGAUAAAAAAAAAACAACAGAAACAGCAAAUAGAAGAAUCAAAAUUGAACAAAUAAAAUUAAAUAUCUUUGGAAUCAAAUAAAAUAUCAAAAUCUGGUUAACUUAAAUUUUUAUCUGUUCUCAUCUCAAAUACUGGGUGACUCAUUAAAAUUUAUCACGAAAUAGUUAAAAAAUUUAAAGCAAAAUGCGAUUUUCGUAAAUAAAAAAAUUGUGAUUUCUAAAUUAAAAAAGUUACAUUUUCUUUAACUCCAAGUAAAAGAAGUGUAAUGCUAUAAAAAUGGUUUCCUCAACGAACUCAGUACUACAGCCACGCCUACAGCCCACCACCACAACAGUAACGUCAAACAACACAACAGCAAACGCAUCCGAACUAAACGAUGCCUCCUGUUUACAUGCACAUCCACAACAGAUUUACAAACAUUACAGCAGAAGGAAAUACCUGCCAUUUAUGAUAACUUUAGUGAUAAUUGUCAGCUCUUUACUACCCGCCAAUGUGUUAUCAUCACGAUUAACAAGAACUCCAAAUCAUUCCUCUUAUGAUGCCUCAACAUAUUUUCAAGAUUUAUUAGCAUUAACAUCCUCCGCCAACAAUAAACAAACAUUACGUUCAAAACGUGAUUCCGUAGCGGCUUUAUAUUCCGGUCUACCCUCAACGCGCAGCGGCAACUCUGCAAUUUAUUUCGGCCAGACUUCUAAUAAUGUUAAUUCCAAUGAAGUCCUCUACUCGGUGGACAAUCGCAAGCCAGCAUUUAAAAACUGUGCCGGCUAUAAGCCGUCCGUUAAAGAAGAACAACCAGAGAAUACCUAUGUUAUUAUGGUAGAGGCGGAAGAUCCCGAUCCAGAACAAGAAAUCAAAUACAGUUUAGUGCAAUCGGCUGCUGAACGUCCAAAGUUUCGCAUUAAUCCCACAACGGGCGUUAUUGUUACCGAACAUACUUUCGAUCGCGAUGAACCCAUUCAUGAAAAGGCUGUUUAUGUCACAGUACAGGCCACAGAUAAUGGACGUCCUCCUUUGGAUGAUGUAUGUACAUUUAAAGUGACCAUCGAGGAUAUAAAUGACAAUCCACCGGUAUUCAAUAAGGCUCGUUAUGAAGAAUCCAUGUCGGAAGAUAAACAGCCGAAUGCUGUGAUUAUGCGUAUCACUGCUAGUGAUUUGGACGAUGGUAACAAUAGUAUUAUAGCCUAUGAAAUUUUAGCUGAACGUGAUCAUUCAUACUUUACCAUUGAUAAGGAUGCUGGUAUAAUAAAUUUAAAUAGACCGAUCGACAAAAGACCGGGACAAUAUUAUACGAUAACCGUACGUGCCUACAACAUUGUACCCGAUCCACCACAAGAUGCUCAAAUUGAAGUACGCAUACGCGUAGUCGAAUCGAAUAAACGGCCGCCUUCAUUUAUAGAUCCCAUUGACGGGCCGAUAUUCCUUAAGGAAAACUUUAGUGAUUAUUCUAUACCCAUAGUGACGCUUAAGGCUUUGUCGAAUGUUCCCAAUAAACCGGAAGUUAUAUUUGAGUUAAUAACAGGUCGUACCGAACAAACGAAUAGUAAGAAGACUUUUGUUUUCGAUCAAAUCGAUGAUACUGUAGUGAUUAGUUUAGGUAAAUCGUUAGAUUAUGAAGCAGUUACCGACUAUACACUGACGAUGAGCGCUCGUAAUACUUACGAUUUAGCGGCCGAACAUGUUUUGAAGAUAAAAAUCGAAGAUGUCAACGAUAAUAUUCCCUAUUUCACGGAGGUGAAGACGGGCACCAUUUUAGAGAAUGAACCAGCCGGUACUCCUGUGAUGCAGGUACGCGCUUUCGAUAUGGAUGGUACAGAGGCCAACAAUAUAGUGUCCUUUGAGUUGGCUGACAAUCGUGAGUUUUUCGCCAUUGAUUCGCAUACGGGCAACAUUACCGCCCUCAAGACCUUCGAUCGUGAAGAAAGAGAUUUUUACAAUGUUAAAGUUAUAGCCAGUGACAAUUCGCCCUCCUCCCUCAUUAAGAAUGGUGAACCAAACAGAGGCCAACAGGUCUUUCGCAUUGAAAUUGCCGAUAAAAACGAUCACAAGCCUCAUUUCCAAAUGGACGAGUAUGUGGCCGAUAAGCUGCCUGAAGAUGCCAACAUCAAUUUUAUUGUCAUUGAGGUGACUGCCGAAGAUGAGGAUAAUGCCUCGCAAAUCAAAUACACCAUAGAGAGUGGCAAUGUGGGCAAUGCUUUUAAGAUUGAAGAGCAAACGGGAAAAAUUACUGUCAACUCUAGACUGGAUUAUGAGAACAUAACCGAGUAUAUGUUAAAAAUAAGAGCGUUUGAUGGUAUAUUCGAUGAUCAUGCCACGGUGAUAAUUAAAAUCGAAGAUGUCAACGAUAAUCCGCCCGUGUUUAAGGAAAACUAUUCCAUUACCAUACGAGAAGAGCAGGUGUUCGAUCAUUGCAUUUUGAAUAUUGAAGCCUAUGAUCCCGAUAUAAAAGAUCGCACUGCUGAUCAGCACAUCAAAUAUUUCGUGGUUAAGGAUGAUCAUAAAAAGAUGUUGACUAUUGAUGACACUGGCUGCUUAAAGUUAAUACAGCCCCUCGAUCGUGAUUUACCCAAUGGCCAUAAAUCCUGGGGUGUUUUGAUUGCCGCCGUUGAUGAAGAUGGCACCGGCUUGAAAAAGGUGGCCUCUGUUGAGAUUAAUUUGGAGGAUAUCAAUGACAAUGCUCCUUAUCUGAUCAAUAAAAUGCCUGUAAUAUGGCAAGAAAAUCGCAACCCCGGUCAAGUGGUGCAACUGCAGGCCAACGACUAUGAUGAACCCCAAAAUGGUCCACCCUACACAUUUGGCAUUGACAGUGAUGCCUCGCCUGAUAUUAAAACCAAAUUUAGCAUAGACAAUGACUAUCUCUUCGCCAAUGUGCAAUUUGAUCGUGAAGAGCAAAAAGACUAUUACAUACCCAUACGUAUUCGUGAUUCAGGUCAGCCGAAAAUGAGUUCUGUCAGCAUAUUGCAUUUGAUUAUAGGCGAUGUAAAUGACAAUGCCAUGUCAGAGGGCUCAUCGCGCAUUACGGUGUACAAUUAUAAGGGAGAGGCACCGGAUACCGAAAUAGGCCGCGUAUUUGUAGAUGAUUUAGACGAUUGGGAUUUGGAUGACAAAACUUUCCAAUGGUCUCAGGAUAUAUCUCAUGAGAACUUCCGUUUAAAUCCUUCCUCCGGCAUGAUAACCGUACUCGAAGGCACCCCAGAAGGCCAGUAUGAUUUGCAAUUUGUUGUCACCGAAGAAUCCACCUUCAUACCACGGCACUCAGUAGAUGCCGAUGUUACGGUAAUAGUGCGCGAGUUACCCGAAGAAGCGGUAGAUAAAAGUGGCAGUAUACGUUUCUACAAUAUAACCAAAGAAGAUUUUAUUAGUGUUUCGAGAGAUGCUCAGGCCGAUGAUAGCUUAUCUUUGAAAGAUCGUUUGCAGUUCUAUUUGGCCAAAUUGUUUAAUACCUCAGUAACCAAUGUGGAUGUUUUCACUGUCCUACAAACUGCGGACAACAACAAUAACUUGGAUGUGCGCUAUUCGGCCCAUGGCUCACCAUAUUAUGCUCCCGAAAAACUUAAUGGCAUAGUGGCCCAGCACCAAGACGAACUCGAAAGUGAAUUGGAUUUGCAAAUUCUCAUGGUCAAUAUUGAUGAGUGUCUGGUGGAAAAACUGAAAUGCGAAUCUUCCUGCACGAACACUUUACACAAAUCAUCUGUGCCGUAUAUGAUUUACUCCAAUACUACCUCAUUUGUGGGAGUAACAGCCUUCAUAGAGGCCCAAUGUGUUUGCGAGGCCAAAAAUAGAAACUAUUGCCUAAAUGGUGGCACAACAAAGCUGGGCGAAGAUGAUGCUUGCGAUUGUAUAGAUGGUUUCACCGGCCCACACUGUGAAUUGGUUUCGGUGGGUUUCUAUGGCAAUGGUUAUGCCUUCUAUGAACCCAUAGCUGCCUGUGAUAAUACAAAGAUUAGUUUGGAAAUUGCACCACAAACCGAUCAUGGUUUGAUUAUGUAUUUGGGUCCUUUAAACUACAAUCACUUGUUGCCCUUGACGGACUUUUUAGCGCUGGAGCUGGUGAAAGGUUAUCCUGUGUUAACGGUAGACUAUGGCUCUGGCACCAUACGCAUAGAUCACAGACACAUAGAAUUGAAGGCCGGUAAAUCUUAUCAGCUGGACAUAGUGCUGCAAAAGGCCAGCAUAGAAAUGACAGUGGAUAAUUGUCGUCUAUCGACCUGCAUGAGUUUGGGUGCUCCCCAGGGACCCAAUGAAUUUUUAAAUGUAAAUGCUCCUCUACAGCUGGGAGGUACCCCCGUAGACUUGGUCCAUUUGGGUCAUCAACUAAACUGGACUUAUGUACCCAGUCAGCAGGGAUUCUUUGGCUGCAUACGUAAUCUCACUAUUAACGAUCACACCUACAACUUGGGAGCACCUUCAGUAUUCCGCAAUGUUGACUCAGGCUGCCAGAGAGCGGUGGCAGUGGCUGUGAGUUUUGGCAUAGAUCGCAACUUUAUUAUUGCCAUCAUAUCCUGCAUAGUUUUGCUGCUCAUAAUCCUACUGGCCGUGGUGGUGCAGAAGAAACAAAAGAAUGGCUGGCAUGAAAAGGAUAUCGAUGACAUCAGAGAAACCAUUAUCAAUUAUGAGGAUGAGGGUGGCGGCGAACGUGACACCGACUAUGACUUGAAUGUUUUAAGAACCACACAGCCGUUUUAUGGCGAAACCCUGUACAAAGAUCCACACACACUACAUGCGCCCAAUCCGCCACAGGAAAUACCCGACAUUGGUGGAUUUUUGGGUGAUAAAAAAGAGAAUUGUGAUCGUGACAUAGGAGCUUUCGCCAUCGAUGAUGUGCGUCACUAUGCCUAUGAGGGUGAUGGCAAUUCGGAUGGCUCUCUCUCCUCUUUAGCCUCCUGCACCGAUGAUGGUGAUCUCAAUUUUGACUAUCUCUCCAAUUUCGGACCACGUUUCCGCAAACUGGCCGAUAUGUAUGGUGAAGAACCUUCAGACACUGACUCAAAUGUAGAUGACGAUCAAGGUUGGCGUAUUUAAGUUACUAUAUAUAGACAUUUUUAAGUGUAAAAAAGACAGAAACGAAAACAGACAGCUAAAUUAACUAAUUAACUAAAAUUUUGAUUGAUCUUCCAAAACCAAGAGAGCUUUUUUUUAUAUAGAAAGCAAAGCAUUAUGAAAACAGUAAGACGACCAAGUUGUGAAUAUUAGUAGUAGUUGUUAAUAUGUUGCAGCUUAGUUGCUAUGUUAAUACGAAAAGACUUAUUUAAAACAAAACUAUAGGGAGAAGAGCUUUGCUCUUCAUUAUAAAUCUCUAAUGUAAAUGUACGUAUCCAUUGUAUGUAUCAAACAAACAAACUUUAACAAAAAACAUUGUAGAAAUUUAUUUAACAAAAAAAAACACGAUCUUUUGUUUGUUUAUUUUUUUUUCUUUUUAAGAAUUUAUUAUAUUAAAUGAUUUUUUUUUUUAAUUUAAACAAAUUUAAAAUUUAAUUAACUUAAAAAUAAAAAAACGAUUUCUUAAUUUAAUUACUAAGAAUGAACAAAAAUGUGAAUGAAGCAAGAAAAGGAAUAUAUGAGAAACACUAUAAAAUAAAUGAAUUAUCACUAAUAAUUGUUAACUGUAUUUUUUGAUAAAAUAUAGUAUUAAUAAAAUUUACAAAAAAAAAAAACGAAAAAUUACAAAAUACAAAACGAAACGAAGUAACUGUUUUUAUUUCAAUUGUAUUAUUUUUUAUUUUUUGUUUGUUAUUAAACAAAAAAAAAGCAUUUAAAAAUUUCCAUUUAUUAUUUAAAACGUUUAUUGUUUAAACCACACAAAAACUUGUCCAUUUAAAUUAAAAUUAAUAAAUAAAACAUUAAACAAAAAACUUAAUUAUAUUUGUAAAUGUAUUUAAUAUAAAAAAAACAAACUCCCAUUUUUUAAGGCCUCUUUAAUUUAUAAUUACUUUAGUUUAAACAAAAUGAAAUAAAAGAAAUAAUAAUAAUAAAAAAAAUAACAAACUAUUAAUUAAAAA